AACUGUAUAAGUACUUGGGGACCACACUAGUGAACGACGAGUGUCGUGGUCACCUUUCGUCCUUUACUUACCUCUUCUGAUAAUUUUAAUAGAAAUGGCUUUUAUGUCCCUUCGUUUAUCGACUGUUGCUGUGAAGCAACUUUCACAAAAACUUCCAAAGAUCACACCAAAAAUAUCACCAUGCCUAUCAAGAUAUUUAAGCACAAGCAAAUCAAUGGCUGCUUCUGGACCAGGUGCAGCCGAAGUUUCCAGUAUUUUAGAAGAACGCAUCUUGGGCCAUACUCCUACUGCUGAAUUGGAAGAAACUGGUCGUGUCUUGUCCAUUGGGGAUGGUAUUGCUCGUGUAUAUGGCUUGAAAAACAUCCAGGCUGAAGAGAUGGUGGAAUUCUCUAGUGGUCUGAAGGGUAUGGCCUUGAACUUGGAACCUGACAAUGUAGGUAUUGUCGUAUUUGGUAAUGACAGGCUUAUUAAAGAAGGUGAUAUUGUGAAGAGGACUGGGGCCAUUGUAGAUGUACCUGUUGGAGCAGAAUUGCUUGGAAGAGUAGUAGAUGCUUUAGGAAACCCUAUUGAUGGAAAAGGAGCCAUUAAUUGUUCAAGACGUGCUCGAGUAGGCGUAAAAGCUCCAGGUAUCAUUCCUCGAAUUUCUGUGCGAGAGCCUAUGUUGACAGGAGUCAAAGCUGUAGACAGUUUAGUACCAAUUGGACGAGGACAGAGAGAAUUGAUUAUUGGUGACAGGCAGACUGGAAAAACUGCAAUUGCUAUUGAUACCAUUAUUAAUCAGAAGAGGUUUAAUGAUGGAUCUGAUGAAAAGAAAAAACUUUACUGUAUUUAUGUUGCUAUUGGUCAAAAGAGAAGUACAGUUGCCCAAAUCGUAAAGAGGCUCACUGAUUCUGAUGCCAUGAAGUACACAAUCAUUGUAGCUGCCACAGCUUCUGAAGCUGCCCCCUUGCAGUAUCUUGCACCUUAUUCUGGCUGUGCCAUGGGUGAAUAUUUCCGAGACAAUGGCAUGCACGGCCUUAUCAUCUAUGAUGAUUUAUCAAAACAGGCUGUUGCCUACCGUCAAAUGUCCCUUCUAUUGAGGAGGCCCCCAGGUCGUGAAGCCUACCCAGGUGAUGUCUUCUACCUCCACUCUCGUCUCCUGGAGAGAGCAGCCAAAAUGAAUGAAGCUUUCAAGGGUGGUUCUUUGACUGCCUUGCCUGUCAUUGAGACCCAGGCUGGUGAUGUGUCUGCUUACAUUCCCACCAACGUAAUUUCCAUCACAGAUGGACAGAUUUUCUUGGAAACUGAGCUCUUCUACAAAGGUAUUCGUCCUGCCAUUAACGUCGGUCUCUCUGUCAGUAGAGUAGGAUCUGCUGCUCAGACUAAGGCCAUGAAACAGGUAGCAGGUUCCAUGAAAUUGGAAUUGGCUCAGUAUCGUGAAGUGGCUGCUUUCGCUCAGUUUGGUUCCGAUUUGGAUGCUUCUACACAGCAAUUGCUCAACAGAGGUGUGAGGCUGACAGAGUUGCUAAAACAAGGACAAUAUGUUCCUAUGGCUAUUGAGGACCAAGUUGCUGUUAUCUACACUGGUGUCCGUGGUUAUUUGGACAAGUUGGACCCAGCUCGCAUUGGUGCCUUCGAGAAAGCUUUCUUGCAGCACAUCAAGAGCAGCCAUCAAGAUAUUCUUAACACUAUUGCUACAGAAGGACAGAUUAGUGAUGCAACUGAUGCUAAAUUAAAGAAAAUAGUCACCGAUUUCUUUGCUAGUUUCACAGCUUAAUUUCAUUAUGAAAUUGUUUAACUUAAAUUCAAAUAGACUUUUUUUAUUAGGAUGUACAUGUUAAAAAUAAUGCCAGGUAGGAUAUACUUGCCAACCAUUUUCAUGCAAAAUUCAUAAUAUGUAAUAGGUUGAUUUUUCAAAGUUUACCCAAAAGUAUUCUCUUUUUUGUAAAGAAGAAAUAAAAUGUUUCAGUUUUGUAUGUGCUUCAGUUCAUUCUAAUUUUCAUGUACAAUGGUUGUUUCUAUAUCCUGCAAUCCUGGGGAAAACUCACUAUUGAAUAAAGACACAUUUUUUCUUUCUA